AUGUCUACCAAAACCCCCUCGCGGGUUGUCUUUGUAGGCAACAUACCCUAUGGACUGUCCGAAGAGCAGAUCAGCGAGCUGUUCAGCAGCGCCGGCCAGGUUCUGAACUUUCGCCUUGUCUAUGAUAGAGAUACAGGCAGACCGAAGGGGUUUGGAUUCGCAGAGUACCCCGAUGCAGACUCCGCCGCCUCAGCAGUGCGCAAUCUGAACGACCACGAAAUCAUGGGUCGCAAGCUUCGUGUCGAUUUCAGCAACGAGGGUGGAACAGGAAACGACGACUCGGGCCGCAACAACGAUCGCAACGACGCCAACAACUACAACAACAACGGCAGCAACAACAGCUACAACCCACCUCCUGCCAAUGGCAACGACGCAACGUCCGGCGGCGGCCCUCUCCCACCCCUCCCACCAGGCCGCGAGCUGCCUCCGGGCGUGACCUGCACCGACGCCAUCUCACGCACCCUGAACACGCUGCCCCCUGCCCAGCUGCUCGACAUCCUCUCCUCCAUGAAGCAGCUCGCCAGCACCGACCCUGCCCGCGCCACCGAGCUGCUCAACCAGGCCCCGCAGCUCUCCUACGCCGUCUUCCAGGCCCUACUGCUGAUGGGCCUCGUGUCCCCAGAGGCCAUCAACGCCGUCCUCGAGCCCGGCUCCGCGCCCCCCGCCGCGCCCCCGGCCGCCGCUGGCUACCCUCCCGCCCAGCCCGGCUUCCCUGGCGCCACCAACACUCCGCCCGUGGCUGCUCCCACCCCGUACGCGCCACCUCCUGCUGCCGUGCCCACUCCGGUCCCCGCCGCCGGUCCAGCGCCGGCAGCCGCCUCUGCCUUCGGUGCCGCGCCUGGUCAGAACCCCGACGAUCUGAUCCAGCAGGUCUUGUCUCUCCCCGAGGAGGUCAUAGCACAGCUUCCCGAGGCCGAGAAGCAGGCCAUUCUUCAGUUGCGGGCGCAGUACAGGGUGUAA